GUGUUGUCCUGAAGCCCAGCAGUGUUUGGAUAAACACCACGGCGGCUCAUUCGCAGCUUUUCUCGCCCGUGUCUCUUCCGUGGGGACUUGUCAGCGCUGGUUUGGACCGUGUAUCACAGCAAUAUUAUGCGAGCAUCGUCCGGAGUGUGGCCGCAGCGUGUGAAGUGAGUUUCUUUGAAUCAUCUAUAUGGGCCAUCUUCUUUCAAAAAAUGGUUUACGCCUGAAGAAGAGGACACGCAAGCCGCAUCACAAGAAGAAGAAGAGGAGGAACUGUUUCCUGCAGGGGCCUUGCAUGCUCUGCUUCAUCAUCCACAGCAACAGCAGUGGUGUCGACGACGACGGUGAUCAGCUAGAGGCCGGUGUUAACGGGUGCCGUCACAACAGCAUCGCUGGAAUCGGCGUCCCUGGCGUUGGCGGAGUCGGCAUCGGAGCAGCAGCUGCCUCGAAGAUCGCUGAGCGAUACGCAGCGCUUGCAUCUCCUGAGGACUGCUCCAAGUUCCUGUUGUCUCAGAGAGAACUUGCUAUCUGGGAGGGCCAAGGGAGGAGUCUUUUGUCAGCUGUCCCUGCCAAACUGAUUCCACCACCGGUGCUUUUUAGAACAGCUGGAGUAUCUGUGACUGCGCCCAUACCUGUGACUGUGCCCGGCUGCACCGGCGACUACACCGAGAUGGUUUGCAAGAGGAAGUGCACAGAGGUGCAGAGGUGCACCCCCUGUAAGCAGCCGCGCUGCGCCUUUGCUGCUUCUAACGAAGGGCUGGAGCACGGUGGAGUGGGAGCAGGAGGCGACGGAGGAGAGGCUGCUUCGAACUCUGACACAGGCCACUGCCACCAUCCCAUCUGCCCCAUUCCCUCCUCCUCCUCUGCUUCCUCUUCCUCCUCACCAGCUGAUGGCUGCUGUGGGCUGGCUCUUCGUCCUGAUUCACCAAACAGUUCCGACCCGACACCCUGCUGCCUAAAUCCUUACGACGACUGCCAAGCAAAAAGUUCUGAUCCUGCUGAUCACCUAAGUAUCAACCACCUGCCUUCCUCCAUCCUUCUUAAGGUCCUGUCCCACUUGACGGUGAAGGAGCGCUGUCUUUGUGCCUCUCUGGUUUGUAAGUACUGGAGGGACCUCUGCUUGGACUUCCAGUUCUGGAAGCAAAUCGACCUUAGUGGCCUACAACAAGUCAGUGAUGAUCUCCUUGUGAAUAUAGCUUCUCGAAGGCAGAAUGUGACUGAGAUUAAUAUCUCGGACUGCAGGGGAGUCCACGACCACGGUGUGACCUCCCUGGCCUCCCACUGUCCAGGACUGCAGAAGUAUACAGCCUAUCGGUGCAAGCAGCUGGGGGACAUUUCAGUGGUGGCCUUGGCAACACACUGCCCUCUGCUGGUCAAGGUGCAUGUUGGGAACCAGGACAAACUCACAGAUGCAGCUUUGAAGAAGCUGGGAGCAAACUGCAGCGAGCUGAGGGAUAUCCACUUGGGUCAGUGCUACGGCAUCACCGAUGAGGGCAUGGUGGCCUUGGCUAGAGGUUGUUCUAAACUGCAGCGACUCUACUUGCAAGAGAACAAAAUGCUGGCUCUGAAGAGCUUCUCGAUGCCAAAUCUGAGUAAUUUGGAUCUGCUCCAUCUCACUGGUCCUGAUAACCUGACUGUCCUCGAUCUGCGGCACAUUUCUGAGCUGAACAACGAGACUGUGAUGGAGGUGGUGAGAAAAUGCCGUAAACUCAGCUCCCUCAACCUCUGUCUCAACUGGAGCAUCAACGACAGGUGUGUGGAAAUCAUCGCCAAGGAGGGGAGAAGUCUGAAGGAGCUCUAUCUAGUGUCUUGUAAAAUCACAGACCACGCUUUGAUAGCCAUUGGCCAGUAUAGCAGCACCAUAGAGACUGUGGACGCCGGCUGGUGUAAAGACAUUACAGACCAAGGAGCCACACAAAUUGCUCAAAGCAGCAAAUCCCUUCGGUAUCUGGGCCUCAUGAGAUGUGACAAGGUGAACGAGGAGACUGUGGAGCGGCUGGUGGUCCAGUACCCCCAUAUUGUGUUCAGCACCGUGAUGCAGGACUGCAAGAGAACCCUGGAGAGAGCUUAUCAAAUGGGUUGGAGCCCCAACACAUCGAACUCUUCGUAG